CGGAAAGUUGAUGAUGGGCCAAAGCUAGGGAUUUUCACCAUCGCACCCAAACAACAUCCCACGAGACACCUCUCUGGUAAAACCACAUCAAUACAGGAAACCAGUCCGAGGGCCGAAACCAGGAGUUUCCCCAUCGCUCUAGGAGCGAAACUCUAUGUCCCCCAAGGUCCCUCUCUACUGAAGACAAGCGGAGCAAGAGAACGAACUGAAGGCUCAAGAUGGUGGGCAAGAAGUCUGGAAAGGCGCUCUUGCGCGAGGAGGGUCUGGAGCGCACUGAUAAUGGGAUGAAGCAAUCGAGCUGGCCGGAGGUUGCCAUGAUCAACCAGAAGAACUACUACACGGAGUACAUGAAGCGCGAUGAACAAAUCCUACCUUUCCGACUCCAGAAUGAGGCAAAUCGAGACAAGAUGAUCCGGCAUGCGAAGGAUAGAGACCGGGCUCUUGCGCGCACGGGAACCACCGAAGUCCCAACACCGACGAAUAUCGAGGGUGAGCCGGAAGAGGAAGACGCAGGCGCAAACUAUGGGUUCGACGCAUCCAAGACCAUUGUCAUUCAUCCCGGGAGCCAGAAUCUGCGAAUUGGCUUUGCAAAUGAUGCUCUGCCCAAAUCUAUACCUAUGUGUAUUGGGGUGAAGUGGUCGGAGACGGAAUCGCAGGAAUAUGAGCCUCGGCCAAAACGCCAGAAGGUUGACUGCGCGCCAGAGCAGCAGUUUGGAGAGGAGUUCUCAAAAAAGUUUACGAAGAUGUCUAAUGACCUAAAGAUUGACAUGCGGGCCAACAAGCGGAAGGUCCUGCCGAAUUCAAAGGAGUUGGUGGUCAGCUACAACAGACGUACACCACCUGAGGUGAUUCCCGAACACAAUGACCCUCUACGAAUCGAGUGGACGGAUGUGAGUAAGGAUGAUCCAAAAGAUGUGUCGACGUUCUAUACAGGUGCAGAAGCACAACGCAUUCCGGAUGAUUCCAAACCCGCAUAUAAGCUCUUCUGGCCGAUACAACAUGGUUGGUUCCACGAAAACGAAUAUAUGUCUCGUGACCAUCUGUUUGACGAUUUCGAUGCCAUCCUCGAGAAAGCUCUGAGGAAAGACCUGGGCUUGACGAGUAGCGUUGAUUGGGAGCAAUAUAGUUGCGUCUUCGUCAUCCCGGACUUGUAUGAUAAACGAUACGUCGAACAAGCCCUUGAGAUGUGCUUGAAAAGUUUCCAGUUCAAACAGGUGGCGUUCAUCCAGGAGAGCUUAGCUGCAACGUAUGGUGCUGGUUAUACCAGUGCUUGUAUUGUCGAUAUCGGUGCUCAAAAGACGUCGAUAUGUUGUGUUGAAGACGGCAUGUGCAUUGAGGAUUCUCGGAUUAACCUCAAGUACGGUGGUUACGACGUCACGGAAACAUUCCUCAAGAUGAUGCUCUACGAUCACUUCCCAUACGCAGACAUCAAUCUCAAGCGGCGCUAUGAUUUCCUCCUUGCGGAAGAACUCAAGAUCAGCUUCUGUACAAUGAACCAAGCCGACAUUUCUGUCCAGCUCUACAACUUCCAUCUCCGUGCCCCAAACACACCUACCCACAAAUACCAGUUCAAGACUUACGACGAAGUCAUCCUCGCGCCAAUGGGCUUCUUCGAUCCUUCAAUCUUUGAUAAUAGCGAUAAGCUCCAGGGACGCCGGAAGCUCAUAGACCGUUCAUACAACGCCUAUGACCCCGAUAUGCCGGACGAUCCAGCCUCCGCUGCUCAGCUUGCCAUCCUCACCAGCAUCAAGCCCAGUCUUGCUAACAUCUCCAACAGCCUCCCCACGAACGGCGUAAUCACGAACGGCAACGCAGAAGUGGCCACGCCCCAGAAGGAAAAAACCAACCCUCUGAAUCUCCUCUCCCGCAUGGACAGCGAAGCAAACGGCACCUCACACGUCACCUCCGCAGCUGGGUCUCCCGCCCCAGAAGGAACUAGCACGCCCGUCCCCUCGGGCCCCUUCGUCUUCGGCGCCAACGGCACCAACGGCGGCUCCCCAGGACCCAACGGCUCGGCCUUCCCUCCGGGCAACAGCUCGCACCACAGCGGCACGCCGGCGCCCCCAGCGGGGAUCUUCGUGGACGCGCUCGCGCGCACGCAGAAAGACAUGGCAGCGGAGCGCGACUCGGUGCUCCCGAUCGCGCCGCUCGACACGGCGCUCAUCACGUCCAUCACGCACGCGGCCAAAGGCGACGAGAAGAAACUGCGCGACUUCUUCGGCGGCAUCAUGGUCAUCGGCGGCGGGGCCAAAACGCCCGGCUUCGGCCCCUUCCUGGAAGAGCGGCUGAAAGCCAAACGCCCGGAUCUCGCGGAUAAGAUCUUGGUGGGCACGAGCCCGCGCGAGAUGGAUGGGCAGGUGGUGGUCUGGAAGGGAGCGAGUGUGUUUGCGCGCAUGACGAUGCAUGAGUCCUGGGUGGGGCAGGCCGAGUAUGAAAGGUUGGGCAGUAGAGUACUGUAUCAUAAGGCGCUUUGGCAGUACUGACCUCUCGAGUCGGCGAAAAGAUCAUCAGGAAGGAAGGAGGUGGAGGGCGAAAAUCUGGGCGGGCGUUCCGUUUAUCCUAUUCUAUUCUAUUCUACUCUACUAUAUAUUGAAGGAAGAAAGUAGAUGAUGAUUGGCUCUUUUUUUUCUUUCUCUUUUUUCUAAAAAUUCAAUUUAUGGGUUUGUUAUGUUAUAGGUAUGUAUGUAUGCAUUGCGUUAUAGGAGGUUAGGAAGGUUAGGUUAAGGUAGGUAAGGUAGGCAUAUAUGAACGUCAGGACAAAAGUUCAGCUGCUAGCUCGUUGCAUAGCACAAUAUAGCAUAGCAUAGCAUAGAAAAAAAAUGGAUCCAUGGC